AAGCCCGAUGGACGAUAAACUGCUCUUACCGAAAGUCGUAAUGAUGAACAUCGAGGGGGAGGAGAUGUGCAAACCAAUCCGGCUCAUCGCGGCUGCCUGCAGUGACAUGGGCAUAGGAAAGAACGGACAGCUUCCCUGGAGCCUUCCAAAAGAAUUUCAGUUCUUUAUGGAUACAAUUACAGCUGUGUCAGCACCUGGGAAGAAGAAUCUGGUCGUCUGGGGGCGAAUCUCCUUGUCCUCCUGUCCUGAGACGGUCUUCCCUUUGGCCAACUGCAUCAAUUUGGUAUUGAGCAGGAAGCUGACUGCAGUGCCUCCACGUGCCCACUAUCUGUGUAAGGAUUUCGGAUCAGUAAUUCACCUGGCUUCUGAGCCCCCCUUAUGUCACAUUGUGGAGACCAUCUGGGUUUUAGGAGGCACAGAGGUCUAUAAGGAAAGUCUUGCGCAUCCAUGGUGUGAUCUCAUCUAUCUCACUGACAUCAUGGCCGAAUUUGACUGUGAUGUCUUUUUCCCAAAAUUUGACCGCAAUGUUUUCAGAAAACAAAAGGGCUUUCCAGGAGUACCAGAUGAAAUUCAGGAAGAAAAUGGUAUUAAAUUUCAAUUUCAAAUCUUCAAGAAAGAAGCUUAAAACUGAAGCUGGGAAGAGACCAGACUGACAAACUACGGAGCCCCAAAGGGGACAAGGUACAAAUGGAGGAAAAAUGCACUUGCAUUGUCUCUCAGAAGUAUUGCUUUCCCCCGAGAAGCUUUACGUUCUUACGCAGAACAGUUGCAUUCCCUCACAAUAGUAUUAAGAGACAUUUUGCAUUUUCUUGCAAAAGUAUAGCAUUCUCUCCCCAAAGUGUUGCAUUCCUUUUUAUGCUCUUUGCGUUCCCUUGAGAAACUUUGUGUAUUC